AUGGGAGCAUUCGAAAUGCCCAAUGGGCUCAACGGCGUAAACGGAUUUGGUCACAACUACGACUACCCACCAUCGCAUGUCGAAGGUCCUUACAAAAUCCUGAAUCAGUACCACUCAAAGCCAACCAAGCUGCGGGUUGCCUGUGCUGGUGCAGGCGCGUCGGGACUAUGCCUAGCUUACAAGAUGGAAAAGAUGCUCGAACCAGGGUCUUGGGAGCUCACACUAUUUGAAAAGAACCCGCAAUUUGGUGGAACAUGGUACGAGAACACAUACCCUGGUGUUGCUUGCGAUAUCCCUUCACACGACUACAACUUCACAUGGGAUCCGAAGCCUGACUGGUCACAAUUCUUCGCGUCUGGCAAGGAAAUUCAGGGGUACUUCGAGGGCUUUGCGGAAAGGCAUGGAAGUAAGAAGUAUAUGCAGCUGAACAGCAAAAUCACCGAAGCCAACUGGAACAACGAGGAGGGUUGCUGGAGCUUCACAAUCGUCAACCCAAAGACUGGUUCUAUGCGAAAAGACUGGGCACACGUCUUCGUGAACGGCACAGGAAUCUUGAACAACUGGAAGUGGCCUGAUAUUGAAGGUAUCCACGAUUUCAAAGGCCCGCUUUUGCAUUCAGCCUGCUGGGAUCAUGGCGUCAACUUCAACGGCAUCAAGGCUGGAAUUAUUGGCGUCGGCUCAACAAGCGUUCAGAUCACUCCACAGCUUCAAAAGAUAUGUAAGGAGGUGGAAGUUUACAUGCGAAGUCCCACGUGGAUAUCACCUCCAUUCGGUGCUGGUGCGCUUACCGACAAUCUGCAAAAGGGCCAGGACGUGGACCCAGGCCAACGUCAGUAUGAUUUCACCGAAGCCGACAAGCAAAAAUUCAAAGACGACCCAGAAUACCAUUUGGAAUUCCGGAAGAAGAUAGAGGCAGAGAUCAACAGCCUAUUCGGCAUGUAUCAGCAAAACUCUGACUUGUCAAACCAGUUCCGAGAUGUCAUUACAAAGGAGAUGCACCGCCGCAUGGGCCCUGGCCACGAGGAUCUGAAAAAGUUCAUCAUACCCAAGUGGUCGGUGGGCUGCCGAAGGAUUUCCCCAGGUGAUGGGUUCCUUGAAGCGCUAGUCCAGGACAACGUAACCCCAGUCUUCAGUGGCAUCAAGCGUGUCGUUCCUGAGGGCAUUGAGACUGCCGACGGGCAGGUCCACAAGUUGGACGCUAUUGUCUGUGCAACUGGCUUCCAGGUCGCCUUUCAGCCCGCUUUCAUCGUGCGAAACGGCGAAGGCAAGUCGAUUAAGGAGGAUUGGACCUCUGGACCCAACCUUUACAUGGGUGUUUCGGCGCCAAGAUUCCCGAAUUAUUACACAAUUGUUGGUCCGGGUGCAACUUGGAGCAACGGCACCCUUCUGCCGUCGAUUGAAACCACAAUCGAGUAUUCCAUCAAGUGUAUGAAGAAGAUGCAGACUGAGGGCAUCAAGGCCAUGGCUGUCAAACAAGACGCGCUUGACGAGAUCUACGCUCACUUUGAUGAGUAUCACAAGACGACAGUGUGGCAAGAAGAAUGCCGCAGUUGGUUCAAGGAUGGCUAUACCAAGAACAGGAUUUACCUGUGGCCUGGCGCGACGAUUCAUUUCCUCAAAUCGAUCAAGACACCGCGAUGGGAAGACUACGACUACACAUACCGCUAUAAGAACAGGUUCGCGUUCCUGGGUAAUGGUGAUGUGAAGGCGACUGCUUCAAAGGACGUAUUGGGUUUGAGCCCAUACAUCCGGAACUCGGAUCACGAUUGGGAUGUCGAAUAG